GUGCAGAGCGGCUCAUUGCACUGAAGGGAACGGCGGCAGUCCGUGCAGAUACAGACAUACUUAAGCACUGACAUCAGCCAGGACAGCACUCACAUUUAAAGGACAUCUCCCCCUCGCCGAAGAGGUGACACUCGAGAAACGUCAUCUGCCAUCCAUCCACGGACUCAGUUUUUAUUAUUAUUAUUUUUAUUAUUAGUAGUAAGAAGACGGAGAGUGACCGGGUUUUUUCUUCUCGCCGUUCUCCGGGGACAAUGAGAAGCAGAUCCGAAGUUUGAGCGACUCCAGACUGAUCGCAGUCAUUUACGCUCCGCUCCGAGGCUGUCCGUGUUGAUUAGCGCGGUUAUUUAGCAAACAGAAGGAGAAGAAGAAGACGUUCGGGUAGUUCUGUUCUUGUUGGAUCGUAGCCGCUUUUACCUCCCCUGAAGGAUGGUGCUAGACAAGGAGGAGAGCGUGUCUGUCGUUCCCCUCCAGUCCAGAGAGAAGCCAAGAGGCUGUGCCGGCUGCAAUGGGAAGAUCCGGGACCGCUUCAUGCUCCAGGCGUUAGACAGGUUCUGGCAUGAAGACUGUCUGAAGUGUGCCUGCUGCGACUGCCGCCUGGGCCGGGUCGGCUCCACCCUGUACACCCGGGCAAAUCUUAUCCUCUGCCGCAGAGACUAUCUGAGGCUCUUUGGGGUGACGGGGAACUGUGCAGCCUGCAGUAAGCUGAUCCCUGCCUUUGAGAUGGUGAUGAGAGCCAGAGACAACGUCUACCAUUUAGACUGCUUUGCCUGUCAGCUCUGCCGCCAGAGAUUCUGCGUGGGAGACAAGUUCUUCCUCAAGAACAACAUGAUCCUGUGCCAGCUGGACUACGAAGGAGGCCAUCUUAAUGGAGGCUCUGACAGACAGCCACAAUGAGAGGGAAAACUUUGCCACAACCUGAGCUCUAACGCCGCCUCAAACAGCAGAUCUGGAGAGGGACCACUGAGAGCCAGCUGGACCAUGAAACUCACAGCAGCACACUGUUCAUCAGCUUCUCGCUUCAAACUGAACUCUGAAGAAUGUAAAAUAAAAAAAAAGAAAGAAAGAAAAGAAAAGAAAAAGAAGAAAAUCUCAGAUUGGACACAUUCGCCGCGGCCGAUGUUUGAACUCUUUGCUGCAGAGCUGCGUGGUUAGUUCCCUAAAAAACUGACCAUUCCGAUCAGAUGAGCUCGAGGUCAGCCAGGAAGUGAAACUGGAGAAACUGUGAGGAGGACGUUUCCCACAAUGCUUUUUAUGGACUGCGAACUGGAGCGUUGUGGAUUCUGACAAUAAUUUGAGGAGUUUGUUAAAAAAAAUAACAACAACAGCAAAAAAUUGAUACAACAGACGAAUGAAGUGAGUCAGGAAAGGAAUCAGGAGCUCGAAGACUGCCGGAUUCUCCUGGCUGUCAUUUUUGGAGGAAAACGAAAUAAUAAUAAUAAUAACAGUAAAAAAAUAAAACUUAGAUUUCCAGCCCACUUUAAUUAUAUUCAAACUGUUUCCCUUGCUGCUUUUUUUUCUUGAUUUAUUAAACUGGAAUUAUAUCACA